AUGCAACCCCAUGGGCUGCCAGAGAGAACGAGCGAAUCUGCUCGGAAGGACGGACAGCCGGAACGCUCCUUAGAAGCGAGGACGACAGACUGGACGCGUACUGCGGACGGGCCCAGGCCCGAGAGGACAGUGGGCCGUGAAGCAGGGAAGAGCCCCCCUUGCUACCUGCACCUGCACCCCUCUCCCCACAAGUCCACCCCGCGCUUCUCCCGGCGGCCGCCAGAGGGCAGCAUUGCGCGCUCCAGGCGCUCGGAGCGGCGGCGGCCAGCGAGCGGGCGCUGCGGGGCCCCCAUCGCACCCCGACCCAGCGCGACCCCGGCCCCCAAGAGCCCCGCGCCCGCGCACGGGGAAACUGAGGCCGAGAACAUGAGGCCUCCGGCCCUGGUGCUUCUGCUGCUGCUGCUCAGACUUGUGGUGGUCCUCAAGGGUAAGAAGUUUCUAGGCUUCUUUGAGUGUAGCCGGCUCCACCAGGGUGUGGACCGCAGGGCUGCUCCAAGGGGGGACUCGGGGGACCGAGGCAUCAAGAGGACCAUCCCCUCAGCACCCCCAGGACCCCCGGGUCAGGCCCAUGUCACCUUCCAGGGCCCAGAGGGGCGGUUCCGUGGGAGCGGUCUGCGUGAACCCGAGGGUCCGGCAGGGAGGGCCCCGGAGCUGAGCGCAGGUGGGAGCGGGGGCUGGGGCGGGGGGUUGGAUGUCGGGGCUCAGAGCGCGGGGCGCAGCCAGCGAGCGCCCCUCCGUCGCCGUGUCCCCCCAGCCUGCGGCCGCCCCCGGACGCUGAACCGGAUGGUGGGCGGGGAGGACGCGCAGGAGCGCGAGUGGCCGUGGCAGGUCAGCAUCCAGCGGAACGGGAGCCACUUCUGCGGGGGCAGCCUCAUCUCGGCGCGCUGGGUGCUCACCGCGGCCCACUGCUUCUCCAACACGUCGGACAUGUCCCUGUAUCGGGUCCUGCUGGGGGCCCGGCAGCUGGUGGAGCCAGGGCCGCACGCCGUGUACGCCCGGGUGAAGCGGGUGGAGGGUAACCCCCUGUACCAGGGCAUGGCCUCCAGCGCAGAUGUAGCCCUGGUGGAGCUGCAGGAGGUGGUGACCUUCACUGACCACAUCCUCCCUGUGUGUGUGCCUGACCCCUCGGUCAUCUUCACCACCGGCAUGAAGUGCUCUGUCACCGGGUGGGGCAGCCCCAGCGAACAAGACCGCCUGCCGAACCCCCGAGUCCUGCAGAAGCUGGCCGUGCCCAUCAUCGACACCCGGAACUGCAACCAACUGUAUGGUAAGGACACGGACUCCGACUUCCAGCCCCAGACCAUCAAGGAUGACAUGCUGUGCGCAGGCUUCGCUGAGGGCAAGAAGGACGCCUGCAAGGGCGACUCGGGGGGCCCUUUGGUGUGCCUCGUGGAUCAGGCCUGGCUGCAGGCUGGGGUGAUCAGCUGGGGCGAGGGCUGCGCCCGGCGGAACCGCCCAGGUGUCUACAUCCGGGUCACUGCCCACUACGACUGGAUCCACCGGCUCAUCCCCGAGCUGCAGUUCCAGCCAGCUGCAGUUGGGGGCCGACGCUCUAGGUGGCAGAAGAGGCCAGGGACCCGGGACCCGGAAGGGAAGACGGCCCGUUGCUUUGAGUGUGUGCGGAGGACCACCGGGCUGGGCGCCGGGGACAAAGACACCGGAGGGAGUGCGCCCGCCGCUCCUCCCACGAGCUCAGCCGCCGGCGGGCCCCCUGCGCGGUUACUCCACACGCCUGCGCGGCCAGUCCAGCCCAGUGAGGUCCCCAGCUCCAUCCACGCGCACACCGACCUUCCCGGCUGA